AUGGACUCCUUAGACAUAGACUUGCUUAGAGAUGCUAUGGAGCAGGUUCGUAGGAUUCAGGGUAUAUUCUUGAAAGCCCGGAGUAGGCAGAAGAGUUAUGCAGACCAUAGACUUCGACCAUUGGAGUUCAUGUUGGGUGAUCACGUUUGGCUUCGAGUGUCGCCCAUGAAGGCCGUGAUGUAUUUCGAGAAGAUGGGCAAGCUCAGCCCUCAAUUCAUUGGGCCAUUUGAAAUUUUAGCACACGUUGGAGAGUAUGUUCCAGAUGAGUCCUAUGUGUUAUUACUCGAUUUAGUGGAAUUGGGUCCAGACCUGACAUUUGAGGAGGAGCCUAUAGCUAUUCUAGAAAGGCAAGUUCGUAAGCUUAGAACCAAGGAGAUAGAUUCAGUGAAGGUACAAUGGAAACACCAUUCAGUCGGAGAGGCAACUUGGAAAACAGAGGCUGAUAUGCGCGCUAGAUAUCCCCAACUUUUUGAGGCUUCAGAGCUGUCUACUGAUGCCCUUCACAAAUUCACUCAUCGUGAAGGGGAAGGAAAUACUGGUUCUAAAGGUUGGGUUCUACAGGAAAAUCUAUAG